UAUGGCAACACUAAUAACCUCACUUUUGUAAUGGCGGAUGCGCUUGCGUGAUGCCGGUUUCGUGUUAUUAUUGCUUUUAGUUUGGCGUCCAUUCGUGUAAACUCGUGCUACGAUUGAUUCCAAGUGCAUAUAGCAUCUUGACAACCGUGAAAAUGGUAGCUCAAAAGAAGGGCCGUGGCGCUAAGACUCAGGCGGCGAAGGCAAAGGCUGCUGCCGCUGCUGAAGAACAGCAGAUCGCAGAAACUGAGUUGGAUCAAGUUGACGGGGAGGAAAACAACGGAGAUUCAGAACAACAGGAACAGAUGGACGACACUCCAGCAGAGGAAGAAGGCGGUGAACAAGCAGAGGGUGAAAGCCAAGAGAAUGCAGAUGGGGAACAAAAGGAAGAAGAAAAAAAAGAAGAGAAGGUUGAAUCUGGUAAAUUGCUUGUUGAGAAUCUUCCUUCGAGCUACCUCUUUGACUACCAAGACAAACUCAAAGAACUGUUCUCAAAACAUGGAGAAAUUCUCAGUGUCAAACGUGGUCCAAUCAUUGUAACUGAACUGACCACAACUCCGACAUUAUCGGCUAUAGUCGAAUUCAAAAACAAAGAGUCUCUGGACAAGGCCCUGACCGAGGAAGGUACAGUCCUCGAUGGAAACCGCAUCUCCGUGGCCGUAGAAUCCCGGGCGGAGACCGCAGUCCUGGUGGGAGUCCCGUAUGAGGCCAGCACGGAUUACGUGAAGCUACUAUUCUCACAGUGCGGCGAAGUCACCCAUAUACACGAGUUCAGCAAGACUAAGUAUAAGAUCUUGCGGGUGACCUUCCAAGCGAAGGAGGCGGUGGAGAGGGCGCUGAAGCUGGACCGCGAGCUGCGCAUCAACGGGUUCCUCAUCACCGUCUCCAAGUACCGCGACGACGAUGAGCAGAAGGCUCACGCGGCCAAUCAGAACAAGAACAAGCGACAACACCCACAGAGCCAGAACAGGUCGGCGCCGGCGAACGCCAACAACAGCCCCAACUCGGGCCGCAACAACUUCCGCGGCCGGGGCGCCUUCAACGCCCGGGGGAACUUCAGAGGCGGUCGCGGCCGGGGCGCCUUCGGCCGCGGCUCGUUCCCGCGCGGCGGCUUCGCCCCCGUCAACUCCUACAUGCCGCCGCAACCGUUCAUGGGCCGUCCGGGAGGUUUCAUGAACGACGGGCAAAGGCCGAACAAGCGUCUCCGGCAAAUGUAACCUUAUCGCAAAGACAUAAAACCCAAUAUCGUGCGUUGUCGUCCUAUGUUCGUGUGUUUGUGCGUGUGCGUCCCUGAGACUCUACAGUGACAUACAGUAUCGAUAAAUCUAGCUAAUUGUAUUUACUAAGUACAUGGAAUUAUUGUAAGCUAUUUGUCUUUUUUGACAGGUAAUAAAUGUAAUUACUAACA